AUGCCGCUUGUGUCUCUGGACGACGUUGUAAACAGGAAAUUUGACUAUAUCGUUGUUGGUGGGGGUACGGCCGGGCUGGUUCUCGCAGCAAGACUGACGGAAGACGACGAUACGACCGUUCUGGUUCUUGAAGCUGGUCCCGCCAACCUGGAUGACGACCUUAUACUCAGGCCCGCGCAAUUCGGUGCUCAUUUCGGCCAUACGGACUAUGAUUGGAAUUUCCCAACUCUUACCUCUCUCCGGCGUGGGCAGGAGGGGACCGAGGUAAAGUGGCACUUAGGUAGGGGCUUAGGCGGAAGCUCAGCUACCAAUUAUCUGUGCUGGACAAAACCUCCCGUAGAAGAUAUAGACGAUUUCGAGCGUUUGGGAAACCCGGGAUGGAAUUGGAAGAAUCAUGAAAAAUAUUUGGACAAAGUUGAAAAGUACGUAGUUCAAGUCGUCAAGUUGGACUUGUCUGUUCAGCUGUCAGUCGCGUUCUUCAGUUUCAUCCACGUCCCGCCCGAUGUGCAAGCGGCUAGAGGCCUAGACCUCAAUAAAUGGAAGUGCAGCCAAGAAGGGUUGUUGAAGAUUGCGCAUACGGGAUCUAUUUUAGAUAUAGAGUUGAAGGCCCACAAGGCAAUGAAUCACCUUGGGAUACCCAUAGCAAAAGCACCCUUACACGGCGACCCGAUUGGCACCUUUCUGAUUCCUAAUAACAUAGACCCUGCGACAUUCACCAGGACCUAUUCCACGAAUGCCUACUAUCUCCCCAGCGCCGACCGCACAAACCUCUCCAUCCUCGUGCUAGCGCACGUUGAUAAAAUCCUUUUUGAGGAGUCCUCAGAUGUAAAUGAAGAUUUAGUAGCAUUAGGUGUGGAGUUUAUGUAUGGCGGAGGGGUGUUCCUCGCGACUGCAGUGAAGGAGGUUAUUCUCGCUGCUACCACUGUCAAGUCCCCUCAGAUACUCGAGCUUUCGGGGAUUGGAAGGCGUGAUGUAUUGGAGAGGAUUAAUGUCCCAGUCAAAGUUGAUCUCCCUGGGGUCGGCGAGAAUCUUCAAGAAAUCCAGGACGAUGUUGAAGCCGAAACCUGGGAUAUCUUGCAAGAUUCCACCCAGUUAUCAAAGCACAUAGCUUUACAUGCCACAGGCUCAGGUCUUUUCACUGCAGGAAUCUCUGCUGUAGCCUUUGCUCCUCUGGACUUCCUCACUGAUAAGGCUGAAGAAAUGAAAAAUGCGAUGAAGAAGAAAGUCCUGCAAAAUGCUGAUACAUACCCUCCAGGCAUCCUGGAGCAACACAAAAUCAUGCUGGAGCGAUUUGAUAGGCGCAUGCCCGGUUGUGAAAUCAUCACCAUUCCAAAGUUUCUGUCACGCCCAAAUCUUCCUGCACCAGGCAAACGGUACGUCACUUUCGCUGCAGCGACCAACUACAACUUUUCUCGAGGCUCUGUUCAUUGUGCGACAUCCGACCCCAAAGUGGACCCAGUGAUUGACCCUCGUUACUUUGAAGAGGAGCUCGAUAUCCAGACGAUUGUGGAAAUGGUUAAAUUUGUCCGUAAAUUAUCCACUGUCCACCCUUUCACCCAAGUCGUUGGCGAUUCGCCAGUCGAAAUAAACCCAGGACCUCAAGUCCAGACCGAUGAGCAAAUUGCUGCGUGGAUUAAGCAAGUUCUCAAUAGCACGUUCCAUCCAGCCGGAAGUUGCUCAAUGUUGCCUCGUGAAAAGGGUGGUGUCGUUGAUCCUCAACUCAGGGUGUAUGGUACAAAGAAUGUUCGAGUCGUAGAUCUGUCUAUUGUGCCGCUACACUUUGCUUCCCAUUCUCAAGCGACUGUGUACGCGAUUGCUGAGCAAGCCGCAGACAUCAUUAGAAAACGGUUUCGAUUGUAG